AUGGCGAGUAAAGACCACAAUCCAAGUUUCAUUCCUCUCAAGUUUGAGGAGAAGUCUUCGUACACAGAAUCGCCUACUAAGAAGUACGACAGACUGGCUUUCAAGUACCUCGGAAUGGCCUUCGUUCCCCUGCUCCUUGGUUAUUCCAUCUACUCUCUGAUCUACAACGAGCACAAAGGGUGGUACUCUUACGUGCUGGGCAUGAUGUACGGGUUCCUCCUCACCUUCGGCUUCAUCAUGAUGACUCCUCAGUUGUUCAUCAACUACAAAAUGAAGUCGGUCGCCCACCUGCCCUGGAGAAUGCUGACGUACAAGGCGCUGAACACAUUCAUCGAUGACAUCUUUGCGUUCGUGAUCCAAAUGCCGACCUUGUACCGAAUCGGAUGCCUUCGCGAUGACGUCAUCUUCUUCAUUUUUCUCUACCAGAAAUACAUCUACCCCGUGGACAAGACCAGAACCAAUGAGUUCGGAGUGACUGGAGAGCAGCUGGAAUAAGCAGGUGGAACUACUAAACCUGCGAUUGAGCAGCCAGCUGAAUCAGGUGGAUCGAAGAAAAAGAAACCGGGAAAGCCGAAAACGGGAGCUGCUGCUAAUGACGAGAAAUCGGAGAGGGCAGAGGACGUCGAAGAUACUGAGCCCAAGAAAGAUAAAUGAGAAUGAGCAUUGCUGACGUAUUCCAAUCUGUUAUUUAAGUAAAUUUGUUUCGUUUUGUGUUCAACCAGGAUAUUUGUGGUUAUUUCAAACAGGGUUGCUUGUUUGAAACAAAGAGGGGGUCUUGUUUACUUAUUCCGCUCAAAGUCGCAAAUCUCUAAUAUAAAAACAAAUGAAAAUGCUCCACUCUGAUUGGUUAUUAUUUAACACUUCUACAAAAUACAGUUUGAACAGCACAUUAAAUUUGGUAGUGGCUUUUGAAAAGUUUGGGCGAAAUAAGUAAUUAAAAGACUCCAAAGGAGUUCUUUUUUGACUUGCUUUUUUGCCAAACUAAAAUUUUUGACAUUCGAACGAAUAAAAUAACUAUAUAGGAAAUUGGUAAAAACUAUAUAAUUCAAUCUUACAACUAAUGUUGAAGAAUUUUCUGCAGCCCUGCUUUAAAACCCUAAGUUCGCAUCUGCCCUGUCCAUCUUUCGUAGAAGACCACCUGCUUAAUUAUAAUUAGCAGUGACUUUUAAAGUGACCUGCCGACAGGAAGUUUCUGUAGCCUUGUAGUGCACGAUUAUCCACGAAUAUUUACAUCUGUUGUCUAUCGCAGCUGCUCAACCUAAUUAUGAUGUUAUUGUGAAUUGUCAGAUUGAUUUAUGUAUUUUAUAUUCCCUUGUCUUCUGAUGAUAAAUGUUUGUUUGAUGCUCCUUUUUGAAACUAUUGAAUGGAAAUAAUUUUAAAUUUA